AUGGGCCAAGAAGGAGUUCGAACCAGCGGUGUUCCUUCACCGGAAGAGGAGAAGCCUCUUCUCAAGACUGCGCACCGCAAGAUUGAUAAGAGAUUGUUGAUUUGGUACUCCUUUGUGUACCUCAUCAUGCGAAUCCACGUCAGCAACAUCAGUAACGCAGCCAUUAUCAACUUGGAACAGGGAACAGGUAUCAGGAAGCAACUGGGCAACUUGACUAGUUCUCAGUGGGCCUGGGCUUUGAGUAUAUUCUACUACCCUUACAUGUUCUUUGAACCACUUGCGACCCUUGCACUUAAGAGGUUUUCGCCUUCUAUCUGGAUGAGUCGGAUUAUGGUCACAUGGGGAAUUAUUUCCAUGUGUCAAGGUGCGACGCAGAACUACGCAGGCAUCUUAGCCUGUCGCUUCUUUCUUGGACUUGCCGAAGCUGGGUUUUAUCCAGGAGUUUUGUAUCACUUGAGCUUUUGGUACCCAACGCACAAGUUGCCUCUUCGAAUUGGGUUUUUCUAUGCCUGUGGAAUGUUCUCUGGGACAAUAAGCGGCUUACUAGCAUAUACCAUCUCUUUCAUGAAUGGUGUUGGCGGUCUUGCUGGUUGGAGAUGGCUUUUUAUCCUGGAAGGCAUUCCUGCCAUUCUCUGCGGUAUCUACACGUUCUUCUUCCUGCCAAACUGCAAUUCUGACGAGCCAAAAGAUCCCGAAACUGUUACGUUCCUCACCGAGUCCGAGAGGGAGGUAGUGUUAGCCGACCUUCCUGACCAGGCGCCCAGUAUGAAGGCCAAGACGGUAAACUUCCAACAAAUCAAGGACCUUUUCCGCAAUCCUACCUUCGUUCCUUUUCUGAUGAUUUGGAUUACACACGGCAUCGGCGGAUGGGGCAUUUCUUUCGUUCUGCCUACAGUUAUUUACGAACUCGGCAUUUCAAACACGGCAAUCUCUCAAGUCAUGACAAUGCCGCCAUUCACGCUCGUGUUUGUUAUUUUACUAUCUCUAGCAUUCCUUGUUCACACUCGGAGGCUUAGUCCGUGGGUUGCAGGUCUCGGCCUGGAGAGUGCUCAGAUCAUCUGCUACAUUCUGCUCAUCACAGUCAAACAUCCUAUCGCCAAGUACAUCUUUGUUAUGAUUGCUACGGCCGCAUCGCAAAGUUUCUUUGCUAUAAUCUGGCCCGAGCGUAUCCGAGCUGCGAAAGGAACAACCACCGCUGGUCUGGCUAUCGGUAUCACCAACGCUUCUUGUCAGUUGAUGGGGAUAGUGGGCCCUCAAAUCUACCAGCCAAAAUUUGGACCGACCUACCGCGUCAGCUACUCCUGCUCCAUCGGUCUGCUUUGUGGGACGCUUUUAUCCGUAUCCAGCGCUUGGUACUUCGUCGCAAGACAAGACAAGCAAGAGGAGCGCCUGGGGACUAGUUCGGUUGAGUCGGAUAUUGACAACAGUGUCCAGGACAAAACACAGGCUCAAGGGGAGAAAGCAUAG